UUAGGAUCACAUUACGAAAAAUAAUAUGACAACUAAUCUGAGCGGGUAUAAGAGUGCUCAUAUCCGAGAUUAUAUCUUAUUUUGAUUUAGUUUCAGAGUGAAAUUUAGAUCAUUUACAUAACAGAUAUCGGAUAUGUAUUAUAUUUUCGAGACAAAUUUAACUCAAGACACCAUAUAGUCCGGAACGAUUUACAGCCUAAGUAUCAUCCAGUUCUUUUAACUUUGCACCAAUGUUACAUUAUAAAUACUUAAGAAAUUUUAACUCAAAUUCAUGACGCCUGCACUCAUUUAUUGGAUUAUCGGUUGUGUUUCCAUUUCUUGUCCAAUUAUUUUUCCAACAACAGUGACAAGUGGGAAUAAAUCAAGUAGACUUCUCCACAUCAAAGAAUUUUCUAGCACCAAUGAAAGUAUGAAGCAAUCAAAGUUACCUGAAACAUGUGGGACAGGAACUCGUUAUCUCUUACAUUGACUAGAGUGGACUUCACAAAUAAACAAAACCAAAAUGAGGGUUCUAUAAUUGAAGCCAUACCAUGCUUGCCAAGAAAAUGAUACACCAGAAACUAGCUUCUUCUGAUCUCACUCGUUACUCCGCUCAAGUCGUCUAGAUAACUAACAGUGAGAAAUGGAGCCAACACCCGAUUUACAAGUGAAGAUUACAACCUCAAAUGAUGAAGACUGGAUUCAUUUAAUUGAUAGUAAGCUAAGUCUAGUGAGGAGGAAACCACAGGACUUGGGUAUCUGUAGAGUUCCAGAUAGACUCCGAGAAGUAAAACCAGUAGCCUACACGCCUAAGAUGGUAUCCAUUGGUCCUUAUCAUCGAAACAAACCUGAGUUGCGAGCUAUGGAGGAGUUUAAAUGGAGAUACACGUUGGAUUUUAUUGAUGGAGUAGCAGAAACAGAUAGGGGAAACAUUCAAAUCAAUGAGUCACAUGAAAACUCACCUCAAACAUUGGCUUUGAAAAAGUGUUGCAAAGUUAUAUCAGAACUGGAAGUGGAGGCUCGCGCAUUCUAUGCUGAAGAUAUCAAUCUAGACACGUAUCAGCUAGUGCAGAUGUUCCUACUUGAUGCUUGUUUUAUACUUGAAUACAUGAGAAGAAUCCAACUUUCAAGGGCAAUUCCCUGGGCACCAGAAUCAUUGGAAUUGCUAGUGAGUCAGUUGACGAUAAUUUAUUCUUUGACAGAAGAUUUAAUUCUACUGGAGAACCAAAUUCCAUACAAUAUUCUGCAACAGCUUUUUGACUUAAUACCAAGUGCAAGGAGAAUAACUGAUGCAAGUGGUCAAGUGUUGUCGCUUCAAGAGCUAGCCUUUGCCUUUUUUCAUGCCUUUGGGAAUAUUUUGGGUAACAAUAUAUUACCUCUUAAGAAACCCAUUCAGGAUGCCACCUUUACUCAUUUACUAGAUAUGUUGUACCAAACUUGCAGCUCCACUUCUGUGAUAUCACCCUUGAAAAUGGAUAGUAGGACAAGGAUCAAGUGGGGUUCGAAAAGCUGUGCUGCAGAACUUAUAAAAUCUGGUUUUCGAAUUUCUUUACAUCCCCGUAGGGUGAGCAUAGUUGACAUAAAAUUUGAGGAAGGGGAAAUUUUUCUUCCAAGAUACACCCAUGAUGAGUUUACUAGCUGUUUAUUUAGAAAUCUCAUUGCUUUGGAGCAGAGCAGAAAUGGCAGACAAGUUAUUACUUCAUAUAUAUUUUUUAUGAGAAGUUUGCUACGUUCUGAAGAAGACUUCAAUAUACUUGAGCGGGCAGGUACAAUAACAAAUUUUCAAAAAAGUAAGUUUAUCACUAGUGAUUUUGAAAGAUUGGGCAUGGGAGUUAUAUCUGCGGACUUCAUUUUUAGAGAUUUAUGUGAGGAGCUUAAUAAUUAUAAAGUAUCUUGGUGGAGGUGGCGCAGAGUGAAGGGAUAUACGACUGUGACUUGGUUUAGAUGGAAAGCAUCUGUCAAGGAUUUGAAACGAGAAUAUUUCAAAAACAGGUGGAGUUUUUUGACAUUCUUAGCUGCAUCUUUUGUCAUUCUCCUCACGGUGGCUCAGACUUUUUAUACUAUUCGUGCUUAUUAUCCUCCCUACCACUCUUCAUCAGUUGAUUUCAUACAGCACAUAAUUGCUCACUCACCCCAAGACGUCUCCAAACUAGCAGAAAUGGAGCCAACACCCAGUUUAGAUGUGAGGAUUACAACCUCAAAUGAUGAAGAGUGGAUUCAUUUGAUUGACAGUAAGCUAAGUCUAGUAAGGAGGAAACCACAGGACUUGGGUAUCUGUAGAGUUCCAGAUGAACUCCGAGCAAUAAAACCAGAAGCCUACACCCCUCAGAUGGUAUCCAUUGGUCCUUAUCAUAGAAACAAACCUGAGUUGCGAGCUAUGGAGGAGUUUAAAUGGAAAUACACGUUAGAUUUUAUUGAUGGAGUAGCAGAAACAGAUUCGGGAAACAUUCAAAUCAAUGAGUCACAUGGUGAGGCUAAUGAAAACUCACCUCAAACAUUGGCUUUAAAAAAGUGUUGCAAAGUUAUAUCAGAACUGGAAGUGGAGGCUCGCGCAUUCUAUGCUGAAGAUAUCAAUCUAGACACGUAUCAUCUAGUGCAGAUGUUCCUCCUUGAUGCUUGUUUUAUACUCGAAUACAUGAGAAGAACCCAUAGUUUAAUGGUAACACAAUCUUCAGAGGAACUAGAAUCAUUGGAAUUGCUAGAUGGUCAGUUGCCGAUAGUCAUUGCUCUGGCAAAAGAUUUAAUGCUACUGGAGAACCAAAUUCCAUACAAUAUUUUGCAACUGCUUUUCGACUUAAUACCAAGUUCAAGGAGAAUAACUGAUGCAAGAGGUGAUGUAUUGUCGCUUCAAGAGCUAGCCUUCAUCUUUUUUCAUCGUUUGCAUAUUUUGGGUGAUAAUAUUUCACCGCUUAAAAAACCCAUUCAGGAUACGACCUUUACUCAUUUACUGGAUAUGUUGUACCAAAUUUGCAGUGCCACUUCUGAGAAAUCAACCUUGAAAUUGGAUGGUCAGACAAGGCUCAAGUGGGGAUCGAAAUGCUGUGCGGCAGAACUUAUAAAAUCUGGUUUUCGAAUUUCUUUACAUCCCUCCAGGGUGAGCAUAGUGGACAUAAAAUUUAGGGAAGGGGAAAUUUUUCUUCCAAGCAUCGUCGCGGAUAGAUUUACUUCCCCAUUGUUCAGAAAUCUCAUUGCUUUGGAGCAGAGCAGAAAUGACAGACAAGUUAUUACUUCAUAUGUAGUUUUUAUGAGAACUUUGCUCCGUUCGCGAGAAGACUUCUAUAUACUUGAGCAGGCAGGUAUAAUAAUAAAUUUUGAUAAACUUAAGGACAUGGAAACUGCUUUUGAAAGAUUCCACAUGGGAGUUACAUCUGCGGACUUCGUCUUUAGAGAUUUAUGCGAGGAGAUUAAUAAUUAUAAAGUACCUUGGUGGAGCUGUCACAGAGUGACGGGAUAUACCACUGUGAUAUGGUUUAGAUGGAAAGCGUCUGUCAAGGAUUUGAAACGAGAUUACUUCAAAACCAGGUGGAGUUUUUUGACAUUUAUAGCUGCAUCUUUUGUCAUUCUCCUCACCGUCGCUCAGACUUUUUAUACUAUUCGCGCUUAUUAUCCUCCCUACCACUGACAGUUGUGAUGUUUU